UGAGUACACAAGUCAUAACAGCUUUUACAAACCACACAAUCUAAUUCUGCCCAAGGCCCGUUUACUCAGGUAUAUAACAUGGCCACACAAAUAGCAAACACUACUCAAAGUCUCACCAAUGCAGCAGAGAUGCGGGAAACCACCAAGAUGCUGAUGCAACCCUAUGCAAACUGGGAGGCAUAUCUGACCCCUGCUCCCCUCUCUGUUGCCAUCAUGGCGGAGCUUGUCAUCAUCUCCUCACAGAAAGACUUCUCCAUCAACGAAAAACCCCCCAAAGACGGUUUCCAGUACUUAAAGCACCCAGACUCCUUCAGGGCCUGUCUUAUGCAAAUCUGUAACUCUGGCUGGCAUGCAUUCAAUGAGGCUCAAAAGAACAUGGAUCAGAUCCGCAUUCACACGGGCACAGUUCCUGAUUACAUGAAGGCAGCAGUCAACAUACUUUUCAAUACCAGCGAUAAAGUUGUUGAAACUCUCCUGCCAAUUCAACUGAAAAACAUUCAGUCCAUUGCAGAUAACUGCUUGGCCCUAGCCAACAGUGUUGAGAUGAAGUUUCUUGAGGUCAUCAAUUUAAUCCAUGAGCUGUUGGAAGCCUGUCAAGGAGCUCAAAAAUUGUAUGGAGAAGAGCUAAAAAAGGUUCAGGUGGAACUGCAGGGCACCAAAUUCAGGGAGCAGGAAGCCACAAAAAUGAAGGAACAGUACAGCAAAACAAUGGAAGCAAUGUCAAAGCAGGUGGCAGAAGCACAAAAUGCAUACAAAGAAACCAUGGAUAAACUUCCCUCUGGGUGGAAGAUUAUCGCCAUGGAUUUCGUUGAAGGACUCACAUCAGGUGUAACCGCAAUGAUGACGGGAUUCACUUUCAGAAUGGCCGCUUCUUUCCAGGAAGGAGCUCAACCAUCCACAAACCAAAGCAAUAGAGAUGACAAUGCUGAUCUGGAAACAAAAAUGAAAGUUUGCAGCAAGUCUGAUGUGAUUCUGAAACUUGCAGGAUCUCUCAAAGAGUAUGUUGUUGAAGGUAAAAUAGACUGGAAAUUGUGUGAUCAGGAAAAUGAAUGCAAGAAGACUACAGUGGCUGAGACUCAAUUCAAAAGGAUCUAUGAUGAAUUGAAGAAUAUGCCAGAGGAUGAACUACUCAAGAACAUUCUGUCACUCUGUAAUCGGGGCAUCACCAUCUGUGAAGAGCUGGCCAAGUAUACCACAGGUGAGAAAUGGGAUGAGCAGAAAACUAAACAGCUGAUAGAGAACAUUGAGAAGCUGAAUGAUGACGCCUUCACUUUUGACUGUAAAAGCAAAAGAUUUUCAGGCACCCCAGCUCUUGCCCCCAAACCACCGAUGAUGUUCAAUAUAGGGACCCAGAACUCAGGACGCAAGUCUGCCAGUCAGAGAGAGUGUGAGAAUGCCCAUUUCCGCAUUGAGCAGAGCCGAGAACAACUCAAAGAAGCAAAACAGGAGUAUGAGAAGACUGUGGAGAAAAUGGUGAAUAAUCAGAAGGAGCUGAAAGAUAUUGUGAUUGAAAUGCAAAAAUUAGAAUUCACAGAGAUUGACUUUAAAACCACCAUUGAAAUACUGAGAAAGGGUCUCAGUGCCAUGGGCAGAGUGAAAAUGCAGUGGGAGAAGAUGGUGCAAUUCUUCCAGAUGGUCUCCAGCAUCAUCAAAGCCAGCUUCAAUGAGAAACUGCUUGAUUUUGUCAAGACAUCUGAUGGUGCAAAGGAACUGAAGGAACUGUCUUACACUGAAAAGCUCUUUACAAAAGACCUCCUGUACAGCCAGGCCUUUCAAGCCUCCAACAUUGCCAGUAUUGUUCACAUGAUCUCAGGUACCUACACUGAAGUGUCCAACAAGUACCUGAUGGACACAGUGAGCGGCCUGGGCAUGCUCCUGGCCAUGGAUAAGGAUGAACCAGGGUUCAAGGAUCAGUGUGUGAAGAUGCGGGAGUCCUGCACAGCAGCCCAGGACGGGAUUCUGCAGCUGGUCCUGAAGAACAAGGAAGAAUUUGAGAGGAAGAUCAAUGCCAGGAUGCUGAAAAUAGAGGGUGAACUGAAGGCCAUUCUGCCAGCUCAUUCACCCCAGGAGUCUGAGAGAAUCACAGAAAUUGUUCAGACUGAGUUUGGCCUAAAGGAGAAUUUCUACUGAUUCAAGUUGUUUUUCACAUCAGAUGAAAACACGACAGUAUGUAGGUAUUUUGAUAAUCAUGACAUAGUUAGAAGCGUUAGAUGCAUAGUAUUAGCAAGUGAUCUUAUAGCACUGUUAGUUUCUCAUGUUAACCACAGUCAGUUGUCGCUGGUGUUAGAUCAAGUUUAGCUAGAGACACGCUGUUUUUCCUGCCUUGUUCUUUCCUUUUAUUAAUAAAAAGCGCUGCUACUCCCACAUAGUAACGGGCAGAAAUAUGAUUCCACUUUUAAAUUGUCAAGAAUGACUAUAGACCACGCUUUUAAACAGCUUAUAGAUAUCUCUUAUAUUUAAUGAAUUAUUAAUACAAGCAAAUUAAGAAAACAUUUUCAUCAAUUUCUAUUGUAUUGCCUCACUGCAUUCAAUAAAUUUGAACUUUGUGAUUUUCAGUGUCUAGUGCUUUUAGGUAAAUUAUCAGGUUUUGUCAAACUAAAAAUAAAGUGCACAAAUAAGAUGACUUA